ACAUCCGCCCAAAACAACAACAAGGAAGUGGAAAGAGAAGUCCCGAGGUGCAAAAUGCAACAGUCACGCUAAAUAUGUUAGAAGGGAUUUCUAAUUUUCAACACGCGCAAAUCAGGAUUAUUAUGCAAUAGUUUUUGUUCUUUGCAAGCGACACUAGCGAUGGAGGGCUCCAAGUCGUCGAGCACAACCAUGCAGGUCAGCUUCGUGUGUCAGCGGUGCUGUCAGCCGCUCAAACUGGACACAUCCUUCAAUGUGCUCGAUCGAGUCACAAUCCAGGAACUUAUUGCUCCGUUGGUCACGGUGACCCCCGGCAAACAGGCGGACAGCACUGAGGGGGAGACGGCACCAGAGGAGACCUUUGCAGAAAACAAGCAAGAUGGAGUGUCAAGAAAAUACAUUCCUCCUGCACGGAUGAUGUCCACAGAGAGUGCCAACAGCUUCACACUGAUUGGAGAAGCAUCGGAUGGUGGCACCAUGGAGAAUCUAAGUCGUAGAUUGAAGGUGACCAGUGACCUGUUUGACAUCAUGUCGGGCCAGACAGACGUAGACCACCCGCUGUGUGAGGAAUGUACUGACACCCUGCUGGACCACCUGGACACGCAGCUCAACAUCACAGAGAACGAAUGCCAGAAUUACAAGCAGUGCCUGGAGCUGCUGUCACACCUGCAGCUGGAGGGAGAGGAGACCCUGCUGGCAGAGCUGCAGCAGCUGAAGGAGGCGGAGGAGGCUCUGGUCCAAGAGCUGGAGGAAGUGGAGGAUCAGAGGGCUGCUGUGGCCCAGGAUCUGACCCAGAGCAGGAUCCACUCUCAGCAGCUGGACACGGAGGAGCUACAGUACCAGAAAGAGUACAGCGAGUUUAAACGGCAACAGCUGGAGCUGGAUGAUGAGCUGAAGAGCGUUGACAACCAGAUGCGUUACUGCCAGAUUCAGCUAGAUCGCCUGAAAAAGACCAACGUAUUCAAUGCCACAUUUCACAUCUGGCACAGCGGACAGUUUGGUACCAUCAACAACUUCCGUCUGGGUCGACUCCCCAGCGUCCCAGUGGAGUGGAACGAGAUCAACGCAGCCUGGGGGCAGACGGUGCUGCUGCUGCACGCUCUGGCCAACAAAAUGGGGCUGCACUUCCAGAGAUAUCGUCUUGUCCCAUACGGAAACCACUCAUACUUAGAGUCACUGACAGACAAGUCCAAGGAGCUUCCUCUGUACUGCUCAGGAGGCCUGAGGUUCUUCUGGGACAAUAAAUUCGACCACGCCAUGGUGGCCUUUCUGGACUGUGUCCAGCAGUUCAAAGAGGAGGUGGAGAAAGGAGACACUGGCUUCUGCCUUCCAUACAGGAUGGAUGUAGAGAAGGGCAAGAUCGAGGACACGGGGGGCAGCGGCGGCUCCUACUCCAUCAAAACUCAAUUCAACUCUGAGGAGCAGUGGACCAAGGCGCUCAAGUUUAUGCUCACCAACCUGAAGUGGGGACUGGCCUGGGUCACCUCGCAGUUCUACAACAGAUAAACUUUCUGGACAAUGCCUUGUGAUUUUUAGUCUUCUGCCCCUCUGAUGAAUGGAUUUCGUGUGAAUCUUAUUACUUUACUUGGCCAAAGGAAAAUAAAUGGUUAUGUGUGCACCAUUUUUGCAAGUCUUUUCAGGAGAAGCAUGGAGCCAAGUUCUUGAUCUUCAGUCUAGAUGGUUUGUGUUUUUACAAAAGGGGGAUAAUUGUGCUGCAAAAGUGGAGUUUAUAAAUUGCAGUCCCACUUUGGAAGCGGUAAAGACAGGCACAGGUUGCAGUCACGUCCCUCAAAGCAAGCGAGAUGAGAUAACGUGUUCGUCUUGUCGGUUAAUUUUUAUCGUCUGCUUCACUAAUUAAUAUCCGUCUUUUUCCUCUGAAGAGCUGACGUCGCAUUAAGACGACUUCACACUCCCUCAGACUAGAAUGUAAUUUAAAAGAAAUCUUCGCCAAAUCCACUUCUAACCACUUUAUCAAGUUCAAGGUUUCCUUGCUAUCCUGUUGCACUGCACACCUUUUUGAAGUCACUGUGUAACUUUCUCCACAGAGAGAAACAAAGUUUGUCAAUGUCCCAAUUAUAUAAGCUGUAAGAGCGUGAUGUGAUAAUUAUGUUCAAGGUCUGAUCUUUACUAGAUUAACACUGUUUAGUAUUCAACAAGUGUCAGUAUUUCAUUAACCUCGAAUGCAGUUAUCACGUUUGCCGGUUACAUACAUGCGUUGCAGGUAAACUGUUGUAUUUAGAGGCACGUUGAUACAGCUGUGUUCAUACUCUGCACCAUCACAUUAGUUUGUCUCUUUUAGAUAUGACGGAUACUUCUAAUGGUGGAAUUUGAGUUAAUAAAACGUUUGAUGCUGUGAAAAACA